AAGAACGGUAGACAUCUUGAGACGGCCACAGAUCCUUUUUUGGGGAGAGACGCGCCCAGUGCCUAAUCACCGCCCCUUGCAGGGGCGACCAUAACGCACUGCGAGCGCAUUUCCGCUUCUGGGGAGAACAGCGGCGCUUCCGGCGGGUGACCCUGUCGAGUCCUUCUGGGUGGCGGGAGCGGAGCGAUGGGGCUGCACGAUAGUGUCGUUCACGCCGGGGAGCCCGAGGAAGAGGAAGAAGAGCUGGUGGACCCUUUAGAAACAAUCCGGGAGCAGUGUGAGCAGACGGAGAAAUGCGUGAAGGCACGGGAGCAGCUGGAGCUGUGUGAUGCACGGGUGUCCUCCAGGUCCCAGACAGAAGAGCAGUGCACAGAGGAGCUUUUUGAUUUCCUGCAUGCCAGGGACCACUGUGUUGCUCACAAACUCUUCAAGAGCCUGAAGUGAAGGUGGGUAUGAUUGUCCAUCUGCUUCCACAGCCAGUGUUGGCAGUUCCUGGAUCCACAGUACUGCUUCCUGCCUGUUCAUGCUCCAUGCCCAGUAUAAACAAAAUGGCUUCCUGGCAGUGACAGAGUGUCAACGUGUCACUGCAUCUGUUCUCCUGGAAGAAGAUGUGCAGCUACACAAAAAAUGUGUUGAUGUUCUGUGAUUUUCCAUAGUAAACAUUGAGAAUUCACAUGGAAAUAUCCUCUGUUUAUUUCCUCAUCCCUGUGUUUCUGAUUUAUACUGGAUGAAGAUGAAAUUAGUGAGGGUCAGAACCCAGUCUGAGGGGCAGACUUUUUCUCACUUGUGUGGGAAUGUCCUUUAUGUGCAGCCUGAUCCCACAGGGAAGAAUCUGUCUCCUGGAGCCGCAAGCCCCACAAAGCCCAUAUUGUUUAAGCAGUAAGCUCUAACUCAAUGAAAGGGAGUGAGCCUUUUCCAGGAGAGAAAUUUCCCCCCCCACCUUGGAGGAGGACUGUUAGCUGUCCUUUGCUGCCAGCAGCUGGAAGGAACCUUUGUGUUCUUGCCCAGAGCAAUGGAUCAUGUGGCUGCAGACUGGCAGGGUGGUGGUUCCACCUGCUCAAACCCCAAGUAGAGUAUUGAAGGGUCAUCUGAGGCAGCUAAAGCCUGCCUAUGUGAGUCAAUAGCCCCUUCUGCUGGCCUGGGACUGUCCUGUGGCAAGGUCAAGUUCAUCCUCUUUCUGUCUUCAAGUAGGAUUUUUUUACGAGUAGGAAACCUGGUGUUUCGCAGUGUAGCAAACCCUUUCUCAACCAGCAUUAAAAAUGUGUGGGGGGAGGGAAUCACUUUUUAAAUGUGACUGUACUGUAUUAAUGUAGCAGUCCAUAAGCCUUUUGCUGGUGGA